AGAAACUUGCAUGCAGGGUGCCGUUCGCGAUCCCAGACCCUCACCAACCCCCCAGCAUUGGUAAAUCGACGAUGCAUCUGGCUGUAUGUAUCUUCACCGCAUGACUCAACAGUUCCGUGCAACCGCACACUCCAUAACCCGAGAAGCUUGUGCUAGACGUAUCUUGCUACGAAUACAACGGAAGGGUGGCAUCGACUACCCUACCUUCCCAAUGACUAGAGUUGGAGUGGACGGAAGUUGAUGAACACGAUAAUUUGUAAGUUGGGACUCAUCUGAUACUGUUGGUCUCACUAUCGUUAUCCGUAUAUCUCAAUCGCUCCUUCCCUCCUUCCUGAGGUGCCCUGUUCCCCGUUACGUUGUGUUAUCAGUUCUUAAUUCCGCUUUUGGUUCUCCGCCGCCAACUGGGGCUUUGUAAAAAUUUCACCAACACUCUCCUCCUCCAACAACUGCGGUAAGAUUGUGGUGGAACGCGGAAUCCACUCCAUCAACUACGAACCAUAAAUAAACACCCAGGACGGACGUCUUACAAGUACCUCUUGAUUAUCGAUUUGGCUACAAUAUCUUCAACUCACUGGUUGGCGACCAGCACUGCAGUCUACUAUGGGAUCUGGCGAUUCUAUGCUAGUCACGGUUGCUACGAGCCUCGCAUUCAUCGGUCUAUGUUCUCUCCCAGCCGUUUCUAGCGUUCUGCUGCGGUCACGCAGACAAGAUGGGGACCGGGACACGUACGAGGACGCCGAUGGCAAGGCGACAUCCGAGUCUGUGAAGGCUUUCUCAACAAAGUUGUCAAAGACAUGCAUCUUGAUCUUCGCGAAUUCGGGAUUUGCGAUUUCACUUGCGACUGCUCUGUUGUUCACACACUCCAGUGGGAUCCAGCUUCAGCAAUGGCUGAGCACAGUAUCGUGGGGUGCGUUACUGUUCCAGUCGGUUGCUAUCACUUGGAGCAGAAGCUCCGUGCAAGCCUACGAUCUUGGAAUCUACAGUUUUCUGUCCUCUCUCACCUUAGCUGGCGCCCUGAUCAUUCAGGGCACCAAGUCAGCCGAGUCUCUUCUCCAGGACAAUAGAACCCUUUUCGCCCUUUGCGUAGUCGAGCUUGGUCUGGCUAUAUGCCUCUCGGUGGCCAGCGUCUCACUCCCGAGGAGACCGGACGUACUUUAUGAGGGAGAACCAGUUGACCGGUUGUACAGUACCACAGCAUUGGGCCGCUACACUUUCUCAUGGCCGACAGCCCUUCUCACUCUCGCCUCGACUCAGAAGAACCUUGAUAUGACUGAUCUCCCACGUCCCGAUCAUUACACCCGUGCCGCCUCUAUAUCCGAAGCAUGGAAGAAACAGAACUCCAGCCGCCCGCUCUGGCUAUCGAUGCUCCUGGCUCACAAAACAGUCAUCGCCGUUCAGUGGUUUCUUGCCCUUUGUACGUCGGUCCUGAAUUUUGCGCCACAAUGGGUCAUCCUUCAGCUUCUUCGAACGCUAGAGGAUCGACAGCCCGGUACUAGCAGUGGAAUGGAUGCCUGGGCUUGGGUGUUCUGGCUCGGAAUCUCUAUUGUCGUUGGGUCGUGGCUUGAAUCAUGGCUCUUCUGGAUGUCCUUUGCAAACCUGGCAAUCCCCGUUCGUGCUCAACUCGGCGCUCUUGUUUUUGAAAAGUCCGUCCGCAAGAAAGACAUCAAAGGAGUUUCUAAGUCGAAGGAAACGCCAACUGAGCCUGCGGAAGGGACCGAACCAGACGAUACCAAGCCGACCAAGCUUGAUGAUGCGGAUGAGCUUAAGCAGGGCAAGCAGAGCACUGUAAAUCUGAUUGGAGUUGAUGCCAGGAGAGUUGGUGACUUUGCUGCCUUUCAGUACAUGUUCCCAGGCAGCCUGUUCAAGCUUGUCGUAUCAAUCAGCUUCCUCAUCAGUCUUCUGGGCUGGAGGGCGCUUUUCGCAGGUUUAUCAGCAAUGCUUGCCAUCAUGCCUGUCAAUAUCUAUUUCAGCAAGAGGUAUGCGGCCGCUCAGGACAGGCUGAUGAAGACCAGAGACAAGAAAAUGGAGGUGGUCACCGAGGCGCUCCAAGGAAUCCGCCAAAUCAAGUUCUCGGCCCUCGAACCUGACUGGGAGAACAAGAUUGGAGCUGUACGAGAGCGAGAGCUUAGUGCCGUUUGGGACGUCUUUGUGACAGACACAAUGUUGUUGGCAUGCUGGAUUACCAGCCCGAUUCUCUUAUCUGCUAUUUCACUGGCAGUCUAUGCUUACAUCAACGGUUCGCUCACUCCGUCGGUUGCUUUUGUGAGUCUCGGUGUCUUCAAGGCCCUCGAGGUCACUUUAUCCGUCAUCCCAGAACUCACCACCGACCUUUUGGACUCAUGGGUCUCGAUCAAGCGUCUGGAAGAAUAUCUCAAUUCUGCAGAGGUCUCUAAGAUUUCCAAAGACGGCGAGGAAGUGAAGUUCGACAGGGCCUCUAUCGCCUGGCCAGCAGAUGACAGGACAGAGGAGGAUGACCGGUUUGUUCUUCGCGAUGUCAGUGUCAAUUUUCCGAGAGGAGAGCUCUCUGUCAUAUCCGGAAAAACUGGCACGGGAAAAAGCUUAAUGCUGGCGGCAAUCUUGGGCGAGGUGGAUGUCUUGGGCGGUACUCUCUAUGUUCCACGAGCUCCUUCACUGGCAGUACGUCACGAUAACAAGGCCAACAAGAGCAACUGGAUCAUUCCUGAGGCCAUAGCCUACGUCGCCCAGAUACCUUGGAUCGAGAAUGCCAGCAUCAAGGACAACAUUCUUUUCGGGUUGCCGUUCGAUGAGGACCGCUACAAGAAGACGGUAGAGGUAUGUGCUCUCAAGAAGGAUCUCGAAAUGCUUUCGGACGGCGAAAACACCGAAAUCGGAGCCAACGGUAUCAAUCUCAGCGGUGGUCAGAAGUGGCGCAUUACGCUCGCUCGCGCCAUCUACUCCCGUGCUGGUAUCCUCGUUCUGGACGACAUCUUCAGUGCAGUUGACGCACACGUCGGCCGACACAUCUUUGAAAAGUGUCUCAACGGGGAGCUCGCAACCGGUCGUACACGAAUUCUGGUUACGCAUCACGUUGCCCUAUGCGAGCCGAAGACAAAGUAUCUGGUAGAGCUCGGAGAUGGCGGGGUGUUGAAUGCCGGUUUAGUAUCAGAGCUCAGGCAGGGCGGUACGCUGCAAAGGAUUAAGACUCACGAGCAGAGCUCCGAAGAGAUUGAGGCCGACGAAUCUGUGACAGCUGUCAAUUCUGACGGGUCAACAGAUGACCAUGGCAACGAGGAUGAAGGAAAUACGUUGCAGAAGGUCAUGUCCAAAAAGUCAGCCCGAAAGUUCGUCGAGGAAGAGAGUCGUGAGAAAGGAGCUGUCAAGACACGGGUUUACUCGGCUUACCUCAACGCCAGUGGCGGAUGGAUAUAUUGGACCGUUGCGGCUCUCAUCUUCUCGCUCACGCAGGGCUUUACCAUCGGGCAAUCGUGGUGGCUCAAGAUCUGGACCAGCAUCUACGAAGAGAAAAACAGCGGCGCGCAGCAUAUUGCGAACAACUCGCUCGGGCACAGUUUCUUCUACGCCGAAGGCGUACGUCAAACAUCACUGCACGCAGCUUCAGGACCCUCAAUAUCGGGACGCUUCGAGAAAGAUCUGAAGUUCUACCUGGGAAUCUACGUGGGUAUUGCUAUCCUUGGUUGCAUCAUUAGCACGGCAAAGUUCUUCUACAUCUUUCUGGGCUCCCUCAGAGCCAGCCGCAAGCUCUUCGCCGAGAUGAACUUUACGAUUCUCCGAACCCCCAUCCGAUGGCUCGACACCGUCCCUGUUGGUCGUAUCUUGAACCGUUAUACCAACGAUUUCAGUGUUAUUGACUCUCAGCUGGCAAACUCGUUUAGCUUCGGGUUCAACUCUGUGUUGAGUCUUUUCACCGUUAUCCUUGCAGGCCUAGUGGUUUCUCCGUAUAUCAUGAUUCUUGCACUUGUGCUGCUCCUCAUUUGCUUGCGCAUCGCCAUCACAUAUAUGGAUGCGGCAAGACCGGUCAAGCGACUGGAGAGCAACACAAAGUCUCCGGUUUUCGAGCAGUUCGGCUCUUCACUCACCGGUGUUACCACCAUCCGUGGUUUCGACAAGGCGGAGGUGUACAUUGAGCGCAUGUACAAGAAGAUUGACGACUAUUCGACAGCCACCUGGCAUCUCUGGCUUUUCAACCGGUGGAUGGGCUUGCGCAUGGCUCUCGUGGGCUCUGUCUUCUCGUCUUUUGUAGCGAGCUUGAUCCUGCUUACUCCGGGGAUUGACGCAGCUCUGGCUGGGUUUGCGCUUGCAUUUGCGCUCGACUUUUCCAGCGCGAUUAUAUGGACUAUUCGUCUGUACUCCAACAUUGAGCUCAAUAUGAACGCCGCUGAGCGAAUUGUCGAGUACACCGAAUUGCCCACAGAGUCUCUUGAUGGGAUUAGCCCGCCUGCCGCUUGGCCCACUGGGGGCCGCAUUGAGGUUGACAACUUGGUGGUUGGCUACGUUGCUGAUAUGCCGCCCGUUCUCAAAGGGCUCAGUUUCAGCAUCAACAGUAACGAAAGAGUUGGCGUCGUCGGCCGCACCGGUGCUGGAAAGUCAUCUCUGACCCUGGCUCUGUUCCGUUUCUUGGAGGCUCGGUCUGGCGCUAUCCAUAUUGAUGGCAUUGACAUUUCGAAGAUCAAGCUACACGACCUGCGAUCUCGCCUCGCCAUUAUUCCUCAGGAUCCCGUUCUCUUUUCCGGAACCAUACGUAGCAACCUGGACCCCUUUGACCACCACACUGAUGCCGAACUCCGCGACUGUCUUGAACGAGUCCACCUCAUCACCGACUCUGAAAACUCGUCGGGAAGCGCCACCCCUAUGCCUGGCUCCUCGGAAGCGACGGAGACCCCAAAGAACACCAAUGUUUUCAAGAACCUAGACUCGCCUGUCUCAGAAGGGGGGCUGAAUCUGUCUCAAGGUCAGCGCCAGCUACUGUGCUUGGCUCGCGCUAUUGUAAGCCGGCCGCGUAUCAUGGUUCUCGACGAGGCCACCUCUGCAGUUGACAUGCAUACGGACGGGUUGAUUCAGAGAAGCAUUCGUGAAGAGUUCACUGAUGCUACUUUACUUGUCAUUGCUCACAGGUUGAGUACCAUUGCGGAUUUUGACCGGGUUUUGGUGCUCAGCGAUGGCUGUGUUGCUGAAUAUGGGAGCCCCAAGGAGCUUUGGGAGAAGGGCGAGGGGGGUAUCUUUAGAGGCAUGUGUGAGGAGAGCGGUGAGAAGGAGAAGUUGAAGGCGGUGAUAUUUGGAGAGGGGCAGUCAAGAUGAUAAAAUAGGAGGUAGGUGUUCCGGAUGUGUAUUAUUUCUCUCUAAUUUUCUUUGCUGGGUUAUAGACGUUAAAAGGGCAGAUGGGGAAAUAAAAUGGCAUCUGUGAGUUUUUUCUUCAUGAUGGCGAAG